UUGUGCAGAUUCAUUACUUAUGUGCGAACUUGAUUUAUUUAUUGUUUUAUGAAAUGAGCAAUAAAAUAAUGUAGCAUGAAUCAAGUUAUUUGUUAAUUACGAAUUAAAGUGUCAAAAGUUAGUUUAUGAAGUGUUCUGCUGACAUUAAUUACUUAUUUGAGACAAAUAAAUACAUACAAUACUAGGAAAGAAAUAUCAUGGGUUAUGUUAAAGGAAUCUCGUUCGUCCUCCUGUGGUACAUUGGGAUAAUUUGGUCCGUAAUCUAUAUUUACGCCCCUUUCUUCAUCAUACUGCCAUUCAGUAGGAAAUUGUACCGAAAAGCGACCGAUAUUAUUUUAUCCUGUUGGGAAAUGUAUCCUGUAUCGCUCUUGCAAUUGAUGAUGGGAUGUCGGAUCUGUCUCUCUGGAGAUGAAAUUGAUCCCGCCGAAAGCGCCAUUAUCAUAAUGAACCAUCGAAAUCGGCUGGACUGGUUUUUCCUAUGGGCCGCACUUCUACAUGGCUGCAGAAGCCCAGCACAUCGGUGCAAGUUUGUCUUAAAAUCUUAUGUUCGUUGGAUUCCAGGGAUUGGCUGGGGCCUACAAAUGGCCGGAUUUCUCUUUCUUCACAGAAAUUGGAAGAAGGAUAAAGAAUUUUUGAAAAGAGCGCUGGAUUACUUUAAGGAAUUGGGUGAGAACUACCUGAUUCUCAUAUUUCCCGAAGGCAAUCAUUUAUUUGACGCCACCAAAAAGAAAAGUAACGCCUUCGCCAGAAAAACAGGACUACCCGGGUACGAUUACGUACUACAUCCGAGAACCACUGGGUUUACUUUUCUUGUCCAACAAAUGCAGAAAAAUUCCCGGCUCGACGCGGUCUACGAUCUAACCAUUGCGUACCCGAAAACCCUUCCCAUAAAUGAGCUUGACAUCCUCAGCGGGAAAGUUCCAGAAGAAGUCCAUUUUAAUAUUUCUCGCUACGCGGGUGACACCCUACCCCGGGAUGAGCAAGGCAUCAAAACCUGGUGUGAGGAACGCUGGGCCGAGAAAGAAGCGUCCCUCAAGAAAUUUUAUUCUGAAAGGAAUCCCGAUCGGAGGAGAUUAUCGCCCAAAGUGAGGUUCGCGAGACCAUUAAACGCAAUGUUUCUUGCCGUCGUGUCCUGGACGGCGGUCACCGUGUUCACUACCUACCUCACUUUCUACACUACGUGGGGUUUUUAUUACACGUGUUUUUCCAUAUCAGGGUUUCUCUUAGUUUCCUAUUUUACUUAUGGCAUUCAAAACUUUGAACUUGACCUGUUUUACAAAUAUGACUACCAUAAUGAAUCAAAGUGAGGGUCCAUAACGCGAAAUAUCUAUGAAUGUAUUUACAACUAAACAGAUGAAUAACAAGACUUAGAAAUAAUAUUGAGUUAUAAUCUUUCGUUAAAAACAAACAACUGAAAACUAAAUGUAGCAAAGUCGUGAAAACAAAUGGGAUACUGGUUUCUUAUGUAUGUCUUCUUACAUUUAUCAACUCGUAAAACGGGCCAAACAAAAUUAUGGCCCACCGUGACCUUGUGAUCUACAACGGAUAUGUUUGAACAGCUAACUUAUCCCUUCAGAAGAAUUCGAAAAUGGUAAAGACUCAAAUUCAUUAAAUUCAAUUUGGGGAAAUUCAAUUACACUCUAAAGUUAUCCUGGAUGCAGAGGGACGGACAUGUCAUAUUUUACGUGAAAAUCCGGCCUGAGUACCCGGCUUAUUACCUCGGUAAUCAUGACCAAAAUAAAAAUGCAGUUCCAAUGUUA